UUUAAUCAAUCAUUCAGAAAAUCAUUCAUUUAUUCAUCAUUCUAUCAAUUCAUUUUUCCCGAUUUACGGAUAGCAUGUAAUGGGUGUGAGAAAAUCACAUUUUUUUUACAUGAAUAACGAUAUAAUUUGUUAAUAUACGUGUUAAUUUACCUCGCAUUUAACCUAUUAACAAUGGCCGGAAACGAAGAUCGAACCGGUCCCGUGCCUCAAGAUGAAAAUGCAGCAGAGAAUCUGAAAAACGAAGCUAAUGAAUUUUUUAAACGGCAAAACUACAAUCGUGCUAUUGAAUUAUACAGUCAGGCUAUUGAAAAAAAUCCCACGAGCGCAGUGUACUAUGCAAAUAGGAGUAUAUCUAAUUUAAGAUUAGAGAAUUUCGGAUAUGCUCUGAAUGAUGCAUCGAAAGCUAUAGAGUUAGAUAAAUUUUACACCAAAGCCUAUUACAGACGAGCGGCAGCUUAUAUGGCUUUAGGCAAGUACAAGUUAGCGCUCAAAGACUUUGAAUAUGUGACCAAAGUUCGACCAAACGAUCAAGACGCGAAAAUGAAGUACAAUGAAUGCAAUAAAAUAGUUAAAAAAAUUGCAUUUGAGAAGGCGAUCUCGGUAGAUAAAAAAGAAGUUAAUAUCGCUGAAACAAUAAACUUAGAUGCUAUGACUAUUGAAGAUGAAUAUGAAGGUCCAAGCCUCGAAGACGGCAAGGUGACUCUGAAAUUUAUCAAAGAUUUGAUGGAGUACUACAAAGCACAGAAGAAACUUCACAAGAAGUAUGCUUACAAAAUCCUUCUAGACGUGAAAGCAUAUUUCCAAAAGCAGCCAUCUUUAGUUGACAUAAAAGUACCAGAUGAUAAAAAGUUCACAGUAUGCGGUGACAUACACGGUCAAUUCUAUGAUUUAAUGAACAUUUUUAAAUUAAAUGGAUUACCGUCAGACACAAAUCCAUAUUUGUUUAAUGGAGACUUUGUGGAUCGAGGAUCAUUCAGUGUUGAGUGUAUAUUCACACUGUUUAGUUUUAAACUAUUGUAUCCAGAUCACUUCUUCAUGUCUCGCGGUAACCACGAGACACUUGAUAUGAACCGAGUGUAUGGUUUCCGAGGAGAGGUGACAUCUAAAUACACAUCUCAGAUGGCAGAUUUAUUCACCGAGCUCUACAAUUGGCUACCGCUGGCACAUUGUAUCAACAAUAGAGUAUUGGUGAUGCACGGCGGACUAUUUUCUAAGGAUGACAUCACGCUCGAGGAUAUCAGAAACGUUGACCGAAACAAACAGCCUCCGGAAGAUGGUAUAAUGUGUGAACUACUCUGGUCGGAUCCACAACCCAUGGCAGGCAGGUCUCCAUCCAAACGAGGUGUUGGAUGUCAAUUUGGACCGGAUGUCACAGCGGCUUUCCUCCAGAAGAAUGGUUUGGAUUACAUAAUAAGAAGCCAUGAAGUUAAGAAUGAUGGAUAUGAAGUAGCUCACGAUGGAAAAUGUAUUACUGUGUUCUCUGCGCCUAAUUAUUGUGACACAAUGGGUAAUCUUGGUGCUUUUAUCACAAUGAAUGGCAAAGAUUUGAAACCACACUUUACUUCUUAUGAAGCCGUGCCUCACCCAGACGUCAAACCAAUGGCAUACGCUCAUUCGCUACUGAGCAUGUUCUGUCAAUGAUCCGAGGAGCUAUUGUCAAGUUACGACGUCGACUCGUUGUCGUAAACAAGAUCAGACGUCACUUGGCAAUUUCCCUGCAAUAACUUAGCAAUACCUUUACAAAACCUUAGCAGUACAAUCCAAAAUCUCUAUCACUUCCUGGUAGUCACGACAACUUGAUUUCAUAGAUGAACGGAGUCCGUUGUAAGUGUACAUAAUCAUUUUUAUACCUUUCCGCUAAAGGUGAUUCAGGCAGAGCCUUAUCUUGUAUGAAGUGCUGUAAUAAAAUUGUAAUAUUCAAAUGUAUGUGAUUUUAAAAGC